AUCCACGCCAAAAAAAACCCUAGGCGCUGUUCCACUUCGUCCCCUUUCCUCCGCGCGCCGCCACUUCUUCGCUUUCCACCGCACGCCUCCUUCUCCUCCACCGCGGCGCGCCGCCACUUCUCCGCCAAAUCCAUCGCCGCGGCGCGCGGCCUCCUUCUCCUCCUCCUCCGCCGCGGCAUGCCGCCACUUCUCCGCCAAAUCUACCACCUCACGCCAUCACUUCUCCGCCAAAUCCACCACCUCACGCCGCCUCCACUACCGCUUCCACCAGAUGGGCUGCAAGAGGAGGGCUAGGGUUUCCCGCGACGGCGACGGCGGCGGCGGCGGCGAGGAGGAGCCCGCGCCGGCCGCCGCAGAGAGCAAGAGCCUCUACGAGGUGGCCCCCGGAGGCGCGGAUGGCGGCGCGUCGCCGGACUCGCUGCGGAACACGCCCUCCAACAUCGCCAGGCUGGAGGACGCCAUCGAGCACUGCGCCGCGCGCCGCAAGUACCUCGCCCGCACCAAGAGCCCCUCCGACGGCGAGGAUGUCCGCUGUUCCACAGACAGAGAUAAUGGGAAAAAGGGGACUACUUCCGGUUCAGCAUGAGAGAUUCUCUUGCAUUGGAGGCGUCGUUCUUGGAGGUUAUCUUUUUUAACACCAAUGCCGCCUUAAGUGUAUACUCAUUUAUGUGAAAACUGGACUGUUCUAACAGUGAUAAAAACAAUCCACUUGAAAAGCGAUAUUACUAGACAAUCUAGUUCCAAGAGAGUUGUGCUAGUCCCUCUACAAUACAAGGGGAUAAUGUCAUCUCAGUCUUUUUAAACCACUUGUCUUCGAGAUCACAAUACUGGUUUACUGGUUUGUAGAGGGAGGAAGCUAUGCUUGCAUACUGGUGGAGAGAGUACGCUAAAUGCAGCGAAGGGCCAAAAGGUUCCUUAGUUGCAGCUGAUGCUAGAUAUUGAAUAUGUCUUUGUUAUAAGAACAUACACUAUUGCAGGUUGAUUUAAUGAGACGUCAUUGCUUCCCUGUGUACUGGAAUGGGAAGAACAGGCGUGUCUUGAGGGGCCACUGGUUUGCUCGCAAAGGAGGGCUUGAUUGGAUCCCCUUGCGUGAAGAUGUUUCUGAACAACUUGAGCUAGCAUAUAAUUGUCAGGUAAAAAGAUCUUCUGGAUCAGUGAAGCCUAUACAGGUUAGCUGCCCUGUUGAAUGGUGAUGCUUUUGCGAUGUUUCAGUAUUUUAUUUUUCGUACCUACUGUUUUCAUCUGUCGUGCAUGAAUGGCUGAGAGAAUGUACAAAUUGAGGUUGGCUCUUGAUUUUUUUCUUACAAACACUAAAUGCGAACUGUGUGGACUGCAAUAGAGCUAAAGAGGCAUGAUUGAAAACUAAUUGCAGCCAUAUCCUAUUGACAAUUUAAUCUAAUAGUUCUAUCUUGCUACUCCUGAGGUAAACUGUACAAAGUUAAUAUGCAACAUCAUUUUUUACAACCAGCUAGCCAACAACGUGACUCACUAUUCUAGCAUGUUAUUGCAUUAUUUUUUGCAUAAAAAAAAUCAAAUGGUACCCUCGUGCUAUUUUUUAGACCAUUCUGACUCACUAUUCUAGGUUCAUGUCAUAAUUGGAAUGCAAAAGUUAACCGUAGCUAUGAACUUAGAAGUUAGAAGUAGCUUUUGAUCGAACUUAGAGAAACGUAUUACAGUAUGACACUGAUAAUAUAAAUGCAAAGACAUCAACUGUAAUUACAGGAUGCAAUAAUAGGGAACAUGAAUGACAUGAUUUCAGCAAGGUUCCUCUGUUUUCAAUGGAGCUAUCGAGCGUGUCUUCAAAAAUUGUACUUGUUGUCGGUAGGAAAUAUAAGAACCUUAUGAGUGUAUUCAACAAUCUCUU